AUGAAUAUGAAAAUUAUGAAGUUUGAAGAAGAGAUAAAGAAAGUAGAUGAUAUGGUUAGUAAUAUGGUUGUUGAUAGAACUGUGGAAGCAAGAAGGAGGGAUCUGGUGAGCUCUUGUAAGAAAUGGUAUAUCAGAAAAGAGUUAUAUUGGAAGCAGAUAUUGCGAUCCAAGCAUGCCAAGGAGAUGGAUAAGAACAUCCGCUAUUUUCACAAUCUAGCCUCAGCUCGACGGAGAAACAAUCAGAUUGAGUCCUUACUGAUUCAUGGGAGGAUAGUGAGAAAUCAAGCAAGGAAUAAGGUUGCUAUAAAAAACUUUUAUAAGAAUUUAUAUCAUCAGGAGACCUCGCCGGUGAUAGGGUUCUGUGAUGGGGUGGUUAACCGGAUAACUGAGGAGGAGGCAGCAGAGUUGGAAUGGAUGCCAUCUAAUGAGAAAAUUAAGGAUGCAGUUUGUGAUUGUGAGUCAACUAAGGCACCAGGCAGUGAUGGGUAUAAUAAGAAUUUCAUUAAGAAGUGUUGGGAGGAUGUUGGUGGGGAGUUCACUGCAGCUGUGAUGGGAUUCUUUCAGUCAGCUGUUUUACCUAGGGAUGUGAAUGUUACUUGGGUGACUUUGGCAUCAAGUUAUAUCAAAGAUCCUGGUUCAGAGGAUACGAAAGAUAAUGCCAAGUGGCUGAAGCUGAGGAAAAAGAACUUGACAAUUAUUAAACCAGACUUCCAAAAGGCUUAUGAUCGAGCCAAGUGGAGUUUUGUGGAUAUUGUUUUUCCAAAGAUGGGGUUUGGCCGUAGAUAG